GAGAAAAGUUGGACAUCACACACACAUAUAUAACCGAAUCUGGUGAUACACGUAUGUUUUGUGAAUUACCAGACCAGCCCAACUACCCCCGAAACCAUGACAUCAGCAGCCCACAUGCCCGCCAGCCAUCAGGAGCUGAAGGAGUUUGACAUCGUCAAGGAGUCCAUCAGUGACAUCAUCAACCAGCUGCAAGACAUUGACCCUGCCCGCCUGUCCUUUUCGCCCUUUCUGGACCUGGACACCCAGAUCUCACUGGCGCCCGUCUCUGACAGCCCCGAGUCCUCUGUGGAGGAGCUCAACUACCUGUCCCUCUCCUCACUGGGGACCCGCACCUCCCUGGAGCCACCAUCAGGGGGGGUGAGAGAGGAAGGGCCCGAAACAGCGUGCACGCUGGGAAGGAGACAUUCAAUAUCAAAUAAAAGGGAGUGCUCUGAAACAUCUGUGGCGCAAGAGGAAAAGGAGGGGCUAGUGGUCGUCACAGUAACGAGCGAAACAUCCUUCCUGGAUACUGUCAGGACAGAUGGCUAUAGAGACGGGACUGUCCCUCAGUCCCAGGGGGGAAUUCCGAAUGGGACAGAAGAAAAUCGCCCACAGGCGCUGAAUCUGAAUCAGUUUGAACUGACCAAUCAGGAAGCUACAAGGGAUGAGGAACAGCCAUUCCUGAGGCCGUCCCCUCACGCCGAGACCAUAGAGCUUGUUUCCCAUGGUUCCCAGGGGCAGCCUGAAGAUCAGCCCUACCUUGUGACUCUGCAAGCCUCAGACAGGGGGCGCUGUGGGUGUUGCCGGAGUGCCCGGCUCAGAGCGGUCUCCUCAGUCUGUGCUUCGCUGCUGCUCCUCCCCGCCAUGCUCUACGGACUCUACUUCUACCUGCCCUUUGACCCGCCGCUCUGCCCAGACCUGACCAGCCGAAUCACGUUCACCUUUCGCUGCUGCAUGGCUUCAGCAGCCCCCAUCAUCCUGGGUGUGCUGACAGCCGCUGUGUCUAGACUCUGCUCCCCUGCUCUCCACCCCCUGGGGGCGUGUCCACGAGGCCUCGCCCUCGAGCAGCUAUUUGUCUCCGCCUCCGUGGAGCAGCUCCUCCUCUAUGCCCUCAACCUGGUUAUUAUGGCGACUUUCCUGAAGCAGGAGCAGUUGAGGGCCGUGCCCACCCUGGCAGGCGUGUUCGGAGUUGGGAGGUUGCUGUACUGGCUCUCUCUCCAUCUCUGCAGCUCCCUGCGGGGCUUCAGCUCAGGGCUCACCUUCUUCCCCCUCUUGGCGAUGGCUGCCUUCAACCUGUUCUGUCUCUUUGAGCUGGGGCUCAAUCACCUGUUCCCUGUCCCCCAGGGAGAAGCCUUCUCAUAUACCACACCCACACCUGGCCUUGCAAUACUCGGCGGCUGACACUAGAGUGUGCCCUUGAU